AUGAAUAUCUGGACGGAACAUAGGAAUCCGGAAGGACGUACCUACUGGUUCAAUACUGGUACGAAGGAGAGUGUUUGGGAGAAACCAGAUGACUUGAAGACCCCGUUCGAGCGCGCUCUGAACCAAACCCCAUGGAAAGAAUACUUCUCUGGAGGACGCAAGUACUACUACAACACGGAUACCAGAGUCUCAAAAUGGGAAAUGCCAGACGAACUCCUCCUCCUCCUCGAAAAGGUCGAGAAAGACGGAAUGGCCAACGCCCCUCCACAGCCCUCCAACCUGGCCGCCCCACCACCCGCAUCCGCCGGUCUCCCCGCCGCCCCACAUAUGAUCGCACCCGCAUUCACACCCCAAUCCAACGCGCUCGUUUCGCUCAACGACCCACUCGCUCAGAACCCCGGCAUGGACGGGCUGAACCACAAUGGUACCCCUUCGGGACUGCCAUUGAAUGCUGCGAGCAUUCUGCCUGCGCGUCCGAAUUUGCCGGAUGAGCCUACGAUACCGCAUAAUGGGUUUGCGACGGUGGAGGAGGGAGAGAAGGCGUUCACUUAUUUGUUGAGGAAAGCCGGGGUAGAUGAGAAUUGGACGUGGGACCAGACGAUGAGGGCUAUCAUCACGGACCCGUUAUACAAGGCGUUGAACUCGUUGGCAGAGAAGAAGGCUGCGUGGCAGAAGUAUGUGGAUAACUUGAAGGCGAAGGAGCAAGAGGAACGCGAAGCUCGUCUGGCCAAGACGCGUCCCGCUAUCCGCAACAUGCUCAAGGGCAACCCGAACGUCUUCCACUACACGACCUUCCCGACCGCCGACAAACUCUUCGCACAGCAUCCGAUCUGGCAGCAGGCGAAGGUCGAAGCGGAGAGGAAGCUCAUCUUUGAAGAGUACGUCGCUGAGCUCAAGCAACGUGAAGUGCAAGACGCCCGGGCAGCGCACGGUCGUGCUAUUGGUAAACUCGUAGCACUCUUCAAGCAGCUCGACGUUGACGUCCUUACCCGCUGGCGCUCCGCUCACGCGCUCGUCCUCGAGUCUGAAGAAUGGAAAAACGACGAAGAGCUCCAGAAACUUCCCAACCUCGAUUUAUUGUUGGCUUUUGAGGAUUAUAGUCGUGUGAAGGAAAGGGAGUUCGAUGAACAGAUGCGAAGGACGCAGAUCGAUAAGACGAGGAGAGAGAGGAAGGCCAGGGAGGCGUUCAAGGAUCUUCUGAAAGGCCUUGUCGACUCCGGCGCCAUCAAGGCGCGCACGAAGUGGAAGACGGUCUAUCCGUCUUUCGCGGACGACAACCGCUACCUCGACAUACUCGGAAACCCAGGCUCGAACCCGCUCGAGCUCUUCUGGGACGUCGUCGACGACCUUGACCAGCGAUUGGACGCGAAGAUGGUCAUAGUCGAGGGUGCGAUUCGGAGGUAUAAUGCGAAAUUGGAUGCGAGUGCGAAAGAGGCGCGUGUUAAGAAGGAAGAGGGCGACAAGGUGAAGAAGGAAGAAGAGGGUGAGGAUCGGGUAAAGAAGGAAGAAGAGGAAGAGGAGGUGAGGCAUUUUGCGGUGUUGCCGGAGACGACGGAGGAGGAGUUUAUGAAGGUGAUCCGGGAGGAUGAGGAUGAGAAGUUGUUGAGGAUGAAGGAGGAUGAGUUGGAGGAAGUAUUCCAGACGAUGCACGACGAGGCGCUCAAACGGCAAGCUGACGAGAGACGCCGCGCGGAGAGGAAGCUGAGGCAUAUGCAGGAUGAUCUACGCUACGCCAUGAAGAAGCUGGCCGACCCCAUCGACGUCAAUAUGGGCUAUGAAGAGGCGAUUCCCCUCAUCGAACACCUCCCCGAGUAUAAAGCUCUGGAUGACGAAAGCCGCCGCGCUGCCUUUUCCAAGUUCGCCAAACGCCAGAAGGAACGACUGCGCGAAUUAUCGGAAGACGGAGGGUCCACUACCAGUCGAAAACGGAAAGAACCAAUCCCUCACCGAGAACCCGAACGUGAGCGCGAAAGGCCCAGCGAACGCGAGCGCGAGCCCGUCAAGGAGAAAGAAAAAGAAAAGGAGAAGGAGAAGGACCGUGGUGGAGAACGUGAACGCGACCGGGACAGUAGGGGUGACUACAGAGACAGCAGCGCGCGAGAGCGUGAUCGCCAUACUGACAGGAGCGACCGCGACCGCGACCGCGGCGGCGAGCGGGAACGAGAGCGGGAACGGGAGUAUGAUCCGAGAGAAAGGGACAGGUCGUCGAGGUAUGGGCAUCAUAAGGGUUCGCAUGAUGAUUAUAGGUCGUCGAGGGAGUAUGGGAGGGAGAGUACGAGGGAUAGGGAGAGGGAGAGAGAUUGGGAUAGGGAUUCUGGGAGGGAUUAUAGGGAUAGGGAUAAGGAGAGGGAGAGGUAUGCGGGAUAUAGGGAGAGGGGGUCGGGGUCGAGUAAGCACCAUAGGGAGUAUGCUGCUGAGAGAGACGAUAAGCGGAGGAGGUCGAGGGAUCCGGUAGUCCUCGCGGACGAAAGGCUGGAGGAAAGGGCGGAGAAGAGGCCCAGAGUGGACCGUGAACCCACGCCGCCGCCCAAAGUGGAAGAAAAGGCUCCAGAGCCACCGAAGCGGGAGGAGACGCCUGAGGAGGGCGAGAUAUGA